AUGACAACGAGCCUGGUCAGUUAUUUGUUUCUUGAAGUUCGACAAUGGUUAUCAUCAAUUGGUGUUGAACAAUAUAAAGAUAUUGUAAAAAAUCAAGUAACAUUUCAUAUACCUUUACAUCGUUAUAUCUCGAUUUUAAAUUAUGUUUCACUCAAUUAUCAAGAUGGCGAACUGAAAAAUUUAUUUCCCAUAGAAAAUGAAAUGUUUCUACUUAAUCUUGCCGUAUUUCCAUUAAGGAUUCAAGUUGCCAAAUAUGAAAUUAUGACAAAUACUAUAUGGUCACAACAGAGUUAUGAAAUGCAAAUACAAUCAGAUAUGUAUUGUAGUACACGUGGAAAUAAUUGUUCAUAUAUGAAUGAUGCAGAUAUUUUUCUAUUACAGUUAAUAUCAACUUUAGUGAAUAUGAAUGUAUUUAUGGAAAUGUUUUUUAAAAGUUUUUAUGUGCCUGAAUGGCUCAUUCAAAAUACAGAAAAUAAUCUAACGUUUGAAAAAUCCAGCUAUGUCACUCUACUUGAAGGUAGUCUGAUAGUUUUAGCUUCGAUUGUUGCAUUUUCGCCACAUCUUGAAUUGAAUGAUUAUGAACAUCGUCGAACUGAAUUAAUCAAUGCAUUAGCCAUACAAGAUUGUCAUUAUUCUUAUUUGGAUGAGCAUAUAGCUGAACCCAAAGGCUUUUCCACGUCCAAACAUGACAUUCAAUCAAUUGUCGACGAUAUUGCUGAAUAUAUUCCACCGACGAUUGACAUUACAAAUGAACCAAAACAAGGACAAUAUAAAUUAAAAGAUUUCUUGUGGGAAGAUGAAUUUGAUCCAUUGCAUGUUCUAUUAAGAAUAAGUCGAAGAGAUCUAUUUGAGACAACUAUGCAACGUUAUACGCAAUGGGUAAAAUUGAUGAAUACAUUUUCCUACGAGACAAAUCUCUGGCCACCAUAUCGAUUACGUAAACCGAAAGAUCAAUUUCAAACAAAUCUAAGAUGUAUUCUUCAAAGUCGAUAUUUGCAUGGUGUUUUCUUUUCUAUCUGCCAUUGGAUGAUGAAUGAGACAAUGAUUCAUGAAGAUAUUCUAUCGUUAGUAGUUUAUCUAUGUGAAUUAGCUGUUGAUGAUCUAAUUCGACGAUUCAAAUAUGGUGAAUAUCUGAAUGGUUAUGCACCAUCAGCUACAGAACCACCACAAUGUCAGAAUAUAUUAGGUAUUAACCAUUCAGUAUCGUUAGAGAAAGUUUGUACCACCAUAGAAACAUCAAACCCAAGUCAUGUAACAAACGGUACUUCGAAAAUAAAUUCUUGUCGAGUAACUGAUAAAACGGAAUUUUUAAAUAAAGUUGAACAAUGUUAUGCUCGUCGCACAGUUAAAUUUAAUCAAAUUUCUGAACAUGAACAAGAAAUUCAAAAAAAAUGGGAUGAACUUAUUAUGACAAAAGAUUCAUCUAUUUCUAAUGAAAUGUUUUAUUCGAUGCCAUCCUAUGAUCUUGAAAAUCAAUUUAUUCGAUCUGAUUCUCAUCUCAAUAAUCAUCUAACAGAAGAACAAAACGAUCAGACUCGAGCAUUCAUAAAGAAAAAAAAAAAUAAAAUAGAAGGAAUUGUCGAUGGAAAAUAUGAAACGUUCUAUGAUCAAGAUAAUUUACUUAUAAAUGCUCAUACGGUCAUUGAAAAUAUCUCUUUUGAACAUGUUGUAGUCGAUUUUGAAAACGACACAACCGAAUCUGUAUGCAAAGAAGAAUCAAAUAAAGAAGAUAGUUGCACAAAUACUCACCUUGAUCAGCCAUCAGUAAAUCUCAAUACAAUUUCAAUACAAACAAAAUCUAAAUAUAUAACGGAAACCAAAUGCAUCAAUAUGUCGCUAGUCCAAAUGCUUGUUCAUCUUCUAUCGAAAAUCAUAUUAAAUAUCAAUGAUUUAAAUAGUAGUAAUAUUUCAUUGAGCGAUCUACUUGAUAAAACUCGUAGGAAAAAAGGAUCUCAACGAGUCGGCGAUGGUACUAUUUAUCUUGGUCGUCUUCUGAUUAAAUUUGAACAAUUAUGUGAUGAAUGUCGAGUUCAAAUAAAUGAAACUAUCAGUCAAUUAGAUCAAAGUCAGUCAAAUAAUAAUGUCGAUCGUAUUACCAAAAAAACUAAAACGAACGCAAUUCACACGAAGAUUUCUGCAGAUAUAGCUACAAAACAACAAAAACUUCUAAUAACAUCAAAUGAUGAACAUAAAGAAGACGAGAAAAUGUUUUCACUGACAAAUGAUAAUAACGUCGAAUGUUGCAUUUGUCAAAGUAAAGAGGAUCGAGAUUCACUAGGACUAGUCAUCAGAUUGAUUGAUACUGGUGUUCUUGGCGUUCGAGAAAUCGACGAAAUUACAGAUAAUUAUCUUCCAUUAUCUACGAAUGACUCCAGUACCGAUGAAUCUUCAUUAAAGGAUUUUUCAACUUGCUGUCAUCUUUAUACCAAUGAUAAGGAACAAUUAUCUCCAAUCAAUCAGAAACAUAACUUGACAUGUGCUCAAGUUUAUGAAGAUAAAAUACGUUCAAUGUUUCAGAUUUUUUCUGAAGUAAUCAAAAAUUUUCAUUUUAUUCGAAUUCCAAAUGUAAAACCUAGAAAAGUGUAUCAAAAUCUAUUACAAACAGUUGGAGAACUGGCUUAA